AUGGCUGGGAAUGGAGAAAACAGUACCCAACUGUCAAAUGGCCCCCCGCAAUACGAGGCUUUGGCGGAAUUAGAAGCAACCACAACCGCCCGAGACGAUGGUCGCAUUGAUAUUGACCUUAGUUCAAAAAUAGUUCGACGACUCUCCAGAUUAAUUCCAUCAGAAAAAAUACCAGUUUCACAUGAGCAACAUCCAAGCAGCCCACCAGCGUAUUCCGAAACAAGCAGCAGAAGUAUCCGCCUCAAUAUCGUUAUCCAGGUCGUCGGCAGUCGGGGAGAUGUUCAGCCAUUUGUCGCUCUCGGCACAGAAUUGCAGCGCCAUGGUCAUCGGGUGCGACUUGCGACACACGGCCAAUUUGACAAGUUCGUGCGAGACUCAGGUCUUGAGUUCUUCUCGAUUGGCGGCGAUCCUGCAGAACUGAUGGCAUACAUGGUCAAGAAUCCCGGUCUAUUCCCCAGCAUGAAGACACUACGUGGAGGCGAGAUCCAAAGAAAGCGCAAGAUGGUUGAUGAGAUGCUUCAUAAUUGCUGGAAGUCCUGCAUCCAGCCAGAUGAGGCUACCGGACAGCCAUUCGUCGCAGAUGCAAUUAUUGCGAACCCCCCAAGCUUUGCUCACAUUCAUUGCGCGCAAGCUCUCGGCAUACCGCUGCAUAUCAUGUUUACAAUGCCAUGGACUAGUACUCGCGAGUUCUGUCACCCGCUUGCAAACUUGAAGGCUAAUGGCAGUGAUAUGUCGGCCAGCGCGGCGAACUAUGUGUCUUAUUCUUUGGUGGAGUGGAUGACAUGGCAAGGACUCGGGGAUAUCAUCAACGCGUGGCGAGAUACCAUAGACCUGGAGCCGAUUCCAUUCAGCGAAGGUCCGGGUUUAACAGAGACUCUAGGCGUUCCGGUAACGUAUUGCUGGUCCCCAGCUUUGGUACCUAAACCUGCAGACUGGCCUGCGAAUAUUGAUGUCUGUGGCUUCUUCUUUCGCGAAGCACCAUCUUACAAGCCCGAAGACGCACUCCACCAAUUCCUCUCGAGCGGCCCACCUCCAGUCUACAUCGGCUUCGGCAGCAUCGUCAUCGACGACCCUCAAAAGUUAACCGCGACUAUCCUCGAAGCUGUCCAAGCCACAGGAGCCAGAGCCAUUGUUUCGCGGGGCUGGAGUAAGCUUGGGGGUGAUUCAAUUGGCAACGACAAGGUAUUCUUUCUUGGCGACUGUCCACAUGAGUGGUUGUUCCAGCAUGUCACUGCGGUCAUACACCAUGGAGGAGCUGGUACUACUGCUUGCGGGCUGCUCAACGCGAAACCCACAACAAUUGUGCCAUUCUUUGGAGAUCAACCAUUUUGGGGACACAUGGUCCAUGCAGGCGGUGCUGGUCCAGCUCCCAUCCCAUUCAAGGCUCUCAACAGCCAGAACCUCGCAGAUGCCAUACGAUUCUGCCUCACGCCCGAAGCAUCUACAGCCGCUCGUCAAAUAGCCGACAAGAUGUCAAGUGAAGCUGGAGUCAGACGCGCCGUGGCCUCUUUCCAUGCAAACCUGCCUCUCGACAAGAUGCGAUGUGAUGUCCUGCCUAAUCUGCCGGCGGUCUGGACAUAUGAGAAGAAAGGGAAACAGACCAAAUUGUCCAAGGUUGCUGCGGAGAUGCUGGUCGAGGCCGGAAAGAUUUCGUGGAACAAUCUCAAGACGUAUCAAUCACAACCUGUCCGUAUUGAGAACAGACGGUGGGAUCCUGUGACAGCCACACUCUCAACUCUCACCUCAACAGGUUUAGGCAUGGCGAGAUCCGCUUCCGACAUCGUCGUCAAGCCCAUUCAAGCGUUCCGACCGAAUACUCCGGAUAGUGUUAGAAGCUCUGGAAGCCGGGAAGUUGAUACCAGCACUGCCUCCAAGCGGGAAUCUGAGGAAAGCAUUUUCGGACGGCCAGCAGGCUUAAACCCCCCAACCGAAACACAGGCCAGCGGCAAGAAACCACAAAACAACGCUCUGGUUGCUAUGAAGGGUUCUGCAUCCGGUGUUGGUGGAUUUCUAGGACGCUACUCCAAGGGUAUGCUCCUCGACCUCCCAUAUGCCGUGACAGAAGGCAUGCGCAACGCACCAAAGCUCUACGGAGGCGAAGUCUACAACCCAGGCGCAGUAACAGACUGGAAGUCAGGCGGUAUCGCAGCUGGAAAGAACUUCGCACAUGGCAUCGUCGAGGGUAUCGGAGGCAUAGUGAUGGAGCCUGUGCGCGGAGCCAAAGCCGACGGUGCUGCUGGCGCUGCCAAGGGAGUAGGUAUUGGACUAUUGAACCUCGGGACCAAAAUAUCUUCUGGCACGCUUGGUUUAGUAGCUCUGCCUGGACAUGGCAUAUACCAGAGUGCUAGGGCACUGGUGAAGAGAAAGACAGGGAAGAGUAUCGUGGAAGCGAGAAAGGCUGAAGGAAAGGAUUGUGUUGAGCGGACUGAUUCAUUGGAGCUCCAGAGAUAUCGCGCGGAGGUUAUAGAGACAUUUGAAGGAAGAUAG